UGCUUCUUUUAGGCUUUCACAUCGUCCAGUUGAUGGUCUUCUGUGAAGUGAGGGAAGAUGGGAAAAGGAGCGGCCACUGGGAGUACGGCUAUGAUGGGCGGCAUUUUCUUGGCUACGACAUGGGGACCGGCAUCUGGACAGCAGCUGACAAAGAAGCCCAGUGGUUCAAGCAGAGGGCUGAAACCUACAUCAAUCAGCGUUUCACAGAUUACCUGGAGAAUAUCUGCAUGGAGUGGCUGCAGAAGAAUGACCACUACAGAUUGGAGACAUCCUUGAGGGAAGUUCCUCCAGUGGUGACAAUGAGCAGCAGGACAGAAGCUGAUGGUAUGGAGAGGCACGUCUGCCGAAUCCACGGCUUCUACCCCAGGGAGAUCGAUGCCUCCUGGACGAGGGAUGGGGAAUUCUGGCUGCAAGACACCUUCCAUGAGUCUCUGGCCCCCAACUCAGAUGGGACCUACUAUUACUCGCUCGGAAUCCAGAUCGAUCCCAAGGAGAGGGGCCGCUAUCGUUGCCACGUGGAGCACAAUGGCUUGCAACAACCUCUGGACCUGGCCCUGAAGGUUCCAGGAUCCAGUUCCAGUCUGGGGCUUAUCAUCGGUGUUAGUGUGGCUGGCGUUAUCUUGGCGUGUGCAAUUUCUGGGAUUCUGGCAUUUCUCAGAUUCAGGAAAGGAGAGGACGAUUCCAGGAAUGACCCUUCUCGUACAGCCCCACUUAUGCCCAGUUGCUCAGGAACCAUUUGAAGUGACAACGGACCUCCUCAGAGGUAAU